AUUUUUUCCCCGCCUUUAUUCACAUGUUGCUAUCAGAACUACCUUUUGAAAUUCUUUCGAAGAUUGCAGACAUCUUAAUAAAUGAGGACAAAGCUUCUUGUACUUUGGUUUGCAAGAGAUGGAAAUUUCCGUUUCAAGAUUCUUUAUGGAAAAACAUAGAAGUUAAAUCUAUGGAGCAGCUCACCAGUAUUUGCGAUAUUGUAAAACAUUCAACAAAUGGACUGUCCUUCAGUUUGGCAAUCCAAAAUUUAUAUUUUACUUCAUGGUGUACCAUAACUGAUUUGCUACAGAGCAAUAUAUUACAAGUAUUACCGAACCUAAAGCAUCUUAAUCUGGGAGACAUAUCGUUUAAAACUUUUGAUACUGAAAUAUCGAUAUACGGCGGUCCAUGGAAGUCGCUGGUUAGUCUGGAGUUCCAGGUCUGCUCUACCAGGGAAGAAACGUCACAGUCAAUACUUGUCGAGUUCUUGACACAAUUUCCUAAUCUUCAUGACUUAAAUAUAUUUCCAUGUUUUCCACAUACAUCAAUAUACUUUGACGUGGGCAAUAUUAAUACCAUACACAAGUAUUUAAGCCGGCUUAGAUCCAUAAAGGGUGCUUUUACAUUUCCUACAAUCUGUCAAAGCGAUAUACAGACUAUUCCGAAAGCUAUACCCGCAUAUUCCCUAACGUCACUCGAUAUCCACAUCUUAAACUUAAAUAGCUUAUGGCUGUAUUACCAAUGGUUAUGGUAUUUUAGCUAUAAGUAUCCCAACUUACGUACCUUGACAUUGAAAGCCUUGUGUGAAACAGACGAAUCAAUCAUCAAAGAAUAUAAUAUAAAAAAAGGAUCGCUCCUUCGUCCAGCUACAACGCUAUUCCCACAUCUAGAAACAGUCGAAUUCAAUACUGAAGACUUUACCAAAUGGUCACAUACUGUUUUGUGGGAUUUACUUUGCCAAUCCAAUGCUCCGAUCAAGAACUUAAGAUGCUGGGCAAGGUACAGAACCUAUGAGGAAGGUGCUCUAGAAAAAGUUAUCCGACAGCUUGUACAGUCAUUUUCAAAAACUCUGGAAACUAUGUCUGUUGAAGGAUAUUUAUUUUUUGGUACCGAAAAUAUCGUAAAGCUGGAAAUUUCUUACUGUCCGCGACUGGUGGAGCUUGAGAUCACGGAUAACGGCUCCUACAUUGAGCUGGAUAACUUAUUGGAUAACUGUAUAGCUUUAAGUCGACUAAAGUUUUCCAACGGAAAAUUAAAUAUUGGCUCAGACCCACAUGAGAAACCGGCGUACCAUGGACUCAAUAUUCUGGAACUAAGCUAUGUUACUGUCAAUACAGCUGUCUUUAGCUAUCUGUCUUUUAGAUGCAGAAGCUUGGAAUAUAUGUACUUGAAUCGGCCAAAAAUAUGUGAUUCUAUCUCUGACGAAACUAAACGGCUUUAUAUUGACAUGUCUUAUACCAACUUCAAGGUUUUACGUCUUGACCACAUAUAUUGUUAUUCAUCCGAUAGACUUAUGGAUAAAAAUACUGCGAUUAACUUGAUACUGCUCUCCCAAGUAAACAGUGAUCGGUUGUCGAAUGGAACGCGACAAAGCGAAGAUAUAGUCUCUGUUGUAAAACAUUUAUCUUGGUUCCACGUUUUUUACGGAUUAAAUCAUACUUUUGAUUCUGCACCAAAGGUCAGGAAACUUUCAGAGCAGGAAGUUUGCAUUACCACAGAAUAUUAUCAAAAUUUUCGGUUCAGAGAGAGUACAGGCAUACAAGAGAGCAUGCGAUCCAUGAAUGGACAGACUCUCAAGAGUAAUUGGAAAGCAGAUCUUUGCAGAGGUUAUGCCGAAAUGCGAUGCGGCAACAUAAAAAAUUAUUGUGUUCCUUUACUGUGACAUACCUAAUUUCUUUUUAUAUAAUUAUCCUAUAUGUAUAUUAUAUUAUAUUAUAAUAUUAUAUCGCUUUUCCAAUACAGCCAUUCAAAUAAAGACAACGGUUUUACCC